AUGGGGCUUUUGUGGCUACUCUGUACAAACCCUGCUCCUGAGGGAGAAGAAGGGGUGACAAAGCAGGUUGUGGAAGACUAUGCUGGAAGAUGGCAGGUUCCUUUGCCUCAGCUUCAGGUGCUUCAGACAGCUCUCUGUUGUUUUACAUCUGCCUGUGUAUCAUUCCCAGCCGAAUGUGAGCACGUACAAUAUGUUUUGAGUAGCCUAGCUUUGAGUUUUUUUGAAUUGCUGCUGUUCUUUGGAAAGGAUGAGUUCUAUGAAGAUCCUUUGAAAGAUAUUUUAGGUUCAAUCCAGGAAUGUCAGAAUCUUCUAAAUAGAUACAGAAAUAUGAACCUGGAACUAGUGACUCGAAUUAUCCGAGAUGGUGGACCAUGGGAGGACCCAGUAUUACAAGCAAUUCUUAAAGCAAAGCCUGUAUCACAGGAAUUAGUUAACAAAUAUUUAAGCUCUGAAAAUCCACUGUUCUUUGAACUACGUGCCAGAUACCUUAUUGCCUGUGAACGCAUCCCUGAGGCAAUGGCUCUUAUCAAAUCUUGCAUAAAUCAUCCAGAUAUCAGUAAAGAUCUGUAUUUCCAUCAAGCUCUUUUCACCUGUCUUUAUAUGUCACCAUUAGAAGAUCAGCUAUUCCAGGAGCACUUGUUGAGGACUGAUUGCAAGAGUGGAAUUGAGAUCAUCUGCAACACUGAAAAAGAAGGGAAGACUACCUUAGCCUUACAACUAUGUGAAUCGUUCCUAGUCCCACAGCUCCAAAAUGGGGACAUGUAUUGUAUAUGGGACUUGAUCUUCAUUUGGAGUAAAUUGCAGCUUAAAUCUAACCCAUCAAAACAAGUAUUUGUUGACCAAUGCUACCAGCUUCUAAGAAUUGCUACAAAUGUCAGAGUAAUCUUCCCUUUCAUGAAAGUCAUUAAGGAUGAAGUUGGUGAAGAUGGUCUUCAGAUAUGCGUUGAGAUAUGUGGAUGCGCCCUACAGCUGGACCUCCGUGAAGAUCCCAACAUGAAAAGUCUCAUAUAUAAAGCGAUAGCUCAUUUUUUGCCAAAUGACUUGGAGAUCCUCAGAAUUUGUGCGCUUUCGAUCUUUUUUCUUGAGCGCACCCUGGAAUCAUACUACACUGUUGAACAUUUGUAUAAAUGUGCAGAUGAAGAAUACAAUGAGUGCACUAGUUCUGUUCAAAACCGUGUACGUUUUGAAUUACUUCCAAUUUUAAAAAAAGGUUUGUUUUUUGAUCCUGAGUUCUGGAAUUUCUUGAUGAUCAAGCAGAAUUGUUUAGCAUUAUUGGGGGAUAAAGCCUUUGCUGGUUUAAGUGAAAGUACACUGGAAAACUCUACUGCAAAUACAGAGAAGAUAACAGAGUAUAAGGCUUUAAGUGAAGACCAUGUCUGCUUAACAGAUGUAAGUAAUGGGGAGCUUGACACUGAAGACCUGUCUGAAGCCCAGUCUAAAGGUAAUGCCAAAAAGAACCAUGCAGCUCUUGAGACGUCUAAAAUGUUAGAUCAUACUGUACCGAAGCACCGCUGUGUGAUAUGCAACAAGGAAUUUCUUGGCGGUCACAUUGUGAGACAUGCCCAAGCUCACCAGAAAAAAGGCAGUUUUUCCUGUGUACUUUGCAGCAGAAAGUUCAGGCAAAGAGGACUUAUGCUGAAGCACUUAAAAAAUCAUGUCAGAAAGAUAGAAAGGCAGCAUCUUGCUGCAGUUCUGGAGGACAGUCAGGAGACUCCUGUUUUUAAUGAACUAGACUGUUCUGAGGUUUCUGUCUCUCUUGAAAAUGGGAAUUCUGAUGGCUCUAAAGAUAACGACCUGGAGACUGCAACAGUUCCAAGUACUGAUGUGGAAGAAGAGAAUACUGAACAGAUAUUCGAUAUGGUGGAAAAUCAUCUAAGUGACCAGGAUGAUGUUACUGAAAACAGCAGUUGUGACAGUUGUUUUAAUAACGUCCCUGACGCUUUAAAUACAGAAAGUUUGCAGGAAGAUGAUGAAAGCUCCAGUAAAGAGUCGCCAGUCCUUCAUAAAGUAAAUGGAGCUUUUUGCCCUCAAAAAGACAUGGAUGCUAUGGAUCAAGAAGGAAGCUUUAAGUGCCCUGCUAAUGGUUGUGCUAGGGUGUUUAAAAAGAUAAGAUUCCUCAAUAAACACGCAAGAAAAGCUCAUCCAACUGAUUUAAAGGUGCAGCAACAUAUAAUGAAAUGGAAUAAAGGAAAAUGCCGGUUCUGUCAGAGAAAAUUUGCUGAUUCCCAACAUUUUAUAGACCACCUGAAGAGACAUGUGUAUCCAAAUGUUUACUUUUGUUUACACUUUAAUUGUAAUCAGAGAUUUAAGCUGUCAACUGAGCUGGCAGAACAUACAAAAAGUCAUAGUGUUUUUAAAGCUCAGUGCAAUUUUGCAGAGUGCUGUGAGCUAUUUGAAGAGCUCCCUUUGCUGUAUGAACAUGAGGCUCAGCAUUAUUUAAAUAAAACACCAGAAUGUUCAGAAGAGGCAAGUGAAAAAGAUUCUUCGGAUGACUCUUCAGAACUGCUUUGUAGUUACCAAGAAAAUGAUGCAUCUAUUAAUGAAACAGAAACUGUAGAUUUACCAAUUCCAACUUGGAAGUCAAGGAAGGAUUCUACAGAACCAAAGACUUACAUUCAAAGUGUUGAGAAGAAAGCAAAUAAUGUAGUUCAGAAUGGAAAUGAAAGCUCGUCUGAGGGUAGUGCUACAGUUUUAAGCUCGAUAGACCAAAAGACAUCUGUGUUACAGCCAAAUUCUGAAAACUGUAAUGUUGCUACCGACCAACUAGUCAAUGGACACAGUGACCUGGAGCAGACAUCAUCAAAGUCAUCAGAAAUAGCUUUGGACAGAGUUGCGGAUGAAACAAGGACAGAAAAUGGGUCAGUGUUACCGGUUUUACAGAACUGUCAUGAUACACCACAAAAUAAUGCUACUGCCUCGCAGUUACCUUCUAAACCAAAUCAGACAACAGAGAAUACUUCAUAUGGUGUCAUCUUAACAAAACCUUACGUUAGACCGUUGCCUCCAAGUUACCUUGAUGAACGUUACAUUAGCAUGCCAAAACGUAGAAAAAUUUUGACUGAUAAAGUAGAUGCUCAUUCUGAGCAAGACAAAGUUUGUAGCAAAUCAGCAGAAAGAUUUAGAUGUGGCAACUGCUUGACCAUCUACUGUAAUUCGGAAGCACUUGAGGCUCACCUUGCACAAAAGAAAUGUCAGACGCUCUUUGGAUUCGAUUCAGAUGAUGAAAGUGCCUGAUUAAAUGUUGUGGGAAAAUGUAUCAAACAAGGAGUGGUGUAAGAAAACACUACAUGAAGAAGCAUCAGUUUGUUUCCCAGUUGGCCUUAAUCACAAAGCAGUCUCAAAUUACUAAAGAGAAACAUGACCUUGAUAAAGACAAAGCACAUUUUCUAGAUAGAACUCACAGAGGAAUAAUAGGAGCUGUGCAGGUUAUGAGUCCAGAAAGGUUGCUACAAAAUCCCCAAAGUACCAGUAAUCCGAAAAGCCACAUUCGUUUCAAAUGUGUGAUUGAAGCUUAGCGGCACAGUCUUUCUAACGUGGAAGUGUAAGGAAAAUAAUGCAUUCAGUUGAGCAAACAGAGAGCGGGUAUGGUAAUUUCCUUAUGGAAAGAAAAACAGCUGAUACCUUAAGCUGCUUUAAUUAGAAAAGUUUCAUGUGUGGUUAGAGGAUUUCCAUCCAUCACUUAAAGUAUCACAGUAAUUAUGAUAUAAGACAUGGACAGAGGAACCAGGCAUUCUUUUUUCAGAGUCUGAGUAUGUGAUUCCAUUACCUGCUAAAAAAACAUGGCACUAUCAAUAAAUUUGUACUGAGAAAGAAAGCUUCCUCCAGAAAGAGGAAUGUAGAGAGAAAUCUAAGAUAGAUGGAAUGCAGCUCUAAUGGCCAAACUCUUAAAGUACAGAGUAUGCAAAGAAAAGUGUGUUGGUAUGAUAUCAAGUGUGUAAGUCAUACACAGUGGAAAUUGGAUACAUGCAGGAUAAGUCCUUUUCAAGGCUAGGGUAAAAAGUAUGUUAAGGCUAUUGGGAAGUGUCAUAUAGAACAUCUGUUUUAGGUGCAGGAAGACUAAUGCAAGCAGUACAUGCACAAGUUGCGUGGACCUUAACAGAAGCAGACUGAAACAAGUACAGUGUGAAGAGGGGUGAACUUGCACAGCAGGGCAGAGUUUAAUUUGAUGCAAAUACAGAGAGAGGUCAUUCAGCUGUUGAUAGGACUGAAAAGAACUUGAAAAAUGGCUUCCUGGAGGCAAAAAAAAAAAAAAAAAAAAUUUAAUGAAGACAGACAAAACCAGUGCAUGUGUUGAAUUAGAAAGGCCAGUUCAGAAAAACGGAUCAGGAAGAGCCUGUUUCACCUAUGUGAUACUGCUUAGCAGUGGUAGAUCACAACUCAGUACUGUAAGUAAUUAUCUACUGUCUAAAGCAAGGGAGAAAACAUGCAACAAUUCUGCCUUAAGAAACAUUGCAAGCCUAUGUAGUAUCAUUUCUUGAAAAAGCAGCCAUUCCCAGAGCCAUUCCCAGAGACUAGUGAAGGCAUUGGACUUAGAUGCUAAGCACUUUAUCCAGCAGUUGGCUGUUCAUAAAAAGAACUAGAAAGAGUUUGGGAAGAUAGGAAAUUUCAGUCCUUCACCUUUGUAUAUCACAUUAAAAGACAGAACAUGAAAAAUCUGUUUAGCUUUUGGCCUUCUGACCCCAAGCAGAAGUGCGGCAAAUAUACAGACUGUCUAUUUACCGUGCUAACUUACCCUCUAAUAACUAUCUUAUACUGUCUGUGCAACUUAAAAAUGUUUAUUUUGGAUCCUGUUCUGUGCCACUAGCUGAAAAUGUUAAUGUGCUCAUAGGUGCAGAAGGUAUAGUCAUGAAAAACAGUGGGUACAGAUGGAGUCAUCACAGAAAUGUAGGACAGCAAAGACCAACUGUUCCUGCUCAGCUAGUUUGCUUACUGAGUAGUUCAGGACAAUGUGUGUACGCUAUAGUAAGAUGAUAUUUAAGAACUUGCUUAAUUUGACAGAUAUGUAAUAACCAAUGAGUAAAAAAUCGAGAGAUGCAUAAAAGAUCUGUUCAUUGUAGCAGUGACUCACUCUUGCAAACCUAAGGAUUUCAUUGUAAAAUAGGCUUUUAAAUAUUUCUGGAACUUAAACGUAAUAGUUCAGUAAUGCCUCUGCUAAUAAUCCUCUGUGAAUCAAACAGAUAUUUGCAUUAAUUCUGCUUCCUUUUCCCCUCCUAGGAGGUAAAAAGAACACAUUCAAAAUUGUACUUUUUUGAAUUUUAAAAAAAUUAUGCCUUAACUUUGAGUUGGCUUAAAGUGAAAGGUUAUAAAAUUAUGAUCACAGGUAUGUGUGCAUUACAUUAAUACCAAUGACUGGCCCACUUAGAUCUGUAUAACAUUUGAGGCACCAAAGAAUUUUUUUGCAGCUGCAAAAAGUGGAUUUAAAUGCAUCAUUAAUAUAUAUACACAUAUAUACACACAUAUAUAUUUACAUAUAUAAAUACAUUAAAAGUUGUUUUAACAUGAAAUUAAGGGGGACCUUAUCAGCCAAAUGCACUUUCACAUUUUUUUUUUUUUGCUUUGAAGUUAUCAACUAAUUUUUAAGGACCCAAUUAUUAUCUUGACUGUUCCCAGGCCCCCCUUUCUUUGCUUAACACUGUUAAUCUAAUUGAAUUUGCUUAAAUACAUUUGGAAAAAAUAAGGGUUAAUUUUAAAGUAUUAAGUUUUUAAAAAUCUAAAACCUCAGUCAGUAGAUAUGACAAAAAUGUUUAUAUGUAAAAUCUUUAAGUGUACUUUUAAUCUUUGGUGCUUUUUUGCCUUUUUCUGGAGCUCCACGUGUUUGAAGAUGCUUUAAAACAUGAUUGAUUGAAAGUUGUAUUUUUCUUUGGUUUAAAGUGUGUAGAUAAAUGCAUCUAUGUACAUGCAUAAACUGUGACCAUAAUUUUUUGUACCUGCAUUAAACUCACUUUUGUUCAAAGAUGCUUUUCUUGGACACCGCCAUUUGUUUAUACCACGUGUUACAUAUAUGUACUUGGGAGAACUGGAAAACUGAAUUCUUAUGUAGGUGAACGUUAGCUAUCACCUAACAGAUACCACAAAUAUGUUAAAUUGACUUCAAGUAGGAAGCGGGUGGUAACACUUUUGUUUUAAGUAAUGAUUUUUACUUCAAAAGACAUUGUCUUUUUUUUUUUUAAAAAGUGUUCUCUAAUUCCUAUUGGUAAACUCAGUUAGUUGCAGUAUUAAGCAGCUUGAAUUAGGAGCAAAAAGAUACUUCUAAUAUGAGUGGGAUUAUUCUACAUGCUUUUUAGGAUUCUGUAGUAUGUAGGAUAUUAUUCGAUAUUGAGUCUGCAACUUCUAGGGCUGAAAAAGGUUCCAAGUCUAAAAUGGAAAGGUUCCUCCCCUUCCCCACCCCGUCCCCUAGCAUUAAGCAUUGUAUGGUGUAAUUGGAAAGACUUCAUCAAAAUGUAUUGCUUUGAUUCAAUGAAUACCGAAGUGCAUGUGUAAUGUAAGCAUGCAGAUUUGUUGCCUGAAGUUAUACAUGAACUUAGGAGCUUUGCUGGAUCAAAGUUUGUGCAUUUCAUGCUGAUAAUCAUAUUUUAAUCAUGUUUCUUCCAGGUGGAUAUAACUUGGAUUUAGACUUUGCUUUUAAGAUUGUCUGCUCUAACUUGAUCAUGGUUCACUGUAAGGGUCAUGUGAGUUAUAAUUUUCAAAGAGUUGCCGCUUGAUAGGCACCUUUCACAAAAAAAAAAAAAAA